ACCCAUUUCAAGAAGCAACAUCGGCGUAUUGUCUCUGCCACCACACCAUUUGGAGCCGGUUUAUACAAAAUGCCAUUUGAAUUGCAGCAAAAGCACCAGAAUACGAUGCAUACACAAGGUCACCAUCCUGGACAGCUUCAAUAUCAAAACAAUAUUCAAACUCAUAUUCAUUCGAAUCACUGCCAGCAGACUCGUCCUUCGCAACCGUCAACUGCCGGGGUAGGAUAUCCAUGUUUAUCUUCUCCAUCUGCACUUGCUUUUCGCAAACACAAACGGAAUAGCAGUGACCCAACUGGUGGAUAUGGCAGAAGAUCUUGCAAUGGCGAUGGUACUAGCGGCUUCUUAGAUCUUUUUCUUAAUGCUUGUCUGGAUUUAAAGCCCGUCCCUUCUUCUUGGAUCAGUCCGCCCUCUUCUGUCGUCAAUGCUUCAUCAUCACUACCCGUUGACCAUAGUGAAUCGCGUUCCCCCACUUUUCGAAAACCUUCGAUUUGCCAUGCGAAGCAGACAAAAAAUGACGAUGUUCUUCCCGAGUCUCCUGGCUCUUGGCAACUCCGUAGUGCAAAUGUGGAAACGCCUGGUGGCUGGUACUCCAAGUUACCUGGGGUUGAUCUGAUAUCUAGCAGUCGAAUUGAUAAAGGUGUAGCUACAUCCAUCCCUGUCGAGGAGCAGGUUAGGGAAGAUAAGUUGGAGGAAGACGGCAAGCAACAGCUAUCUGAGGAAAGUACAGAUUUCGUCAGAAGAUCUGGUGGUUCUAACAUUUGCGAAGUUCCUCCCGAAGUUUCCAUCAUAGAACCUGCCUCUACAGCCUGUCUAAUUUCCUGUCUCCAACCAUUUGCCAGUCCUUUAUUGGUUCUUGUCAGUCUUUGUGCUAUGGUUUUUACUCAAUCGAUGGUUGUCUCUGGCUAUCUUAGCAGCAUUUAUACUACUCUUGAGAGACGCUAUGGCCUAUCUAGUCGACAAAUAGGUAUGAUAUCAAGUUCAUAUGAAGUAAGUUCUACCUCUUACGUAAGCUUCACUUUUAUUCCUAUAAUAAAUUUUCCUUCUAAUCGAUAG